AUGGAAGCCAACGCUGUUAACCACAAUUCAAACAUUAACAAUUCUCAACCGCUAACCAAAGCCAAAGCCCCACAACCUCCAAGAACUGGCACAGCGGUUAGAAUAACCACCAAAAAGUCUAACAGCGAAUUAAGAGAAAUUCUUCAACAAAUUUGCUCUAAAUAUCUCAAAGACGCCGAAGAAAACACACAACCAGACGCUACAUACAAUACUCUGUUCUGUGAAGUUCUGAACAAAGCAAUUACUAGUUCAAUUGAACUUAGCGAUGUCUUAGUUCAGUAUUUUCCAACAUUUACUAAGCUUAUAAUGUUGAGAACUUUAUACCAAGUUUGUCAAAAUCUUCCUCGUUACAUCCAACGGUCAUUCGACACGAGAAUUGCCGAAUUCCAAGUCUUUAGUUACGGAUAUGACGAAGAUGAAUACGUUGACGAGUUCCGAGACAACUGUACAAAAUGGUUUGAAUGUUAUACGACAACACAAUUUGAAUUCGACUUUCUCGAAUUCAACGCAGCAACCAUUCAUAUCAUUGCUCUUUACCUUCCGAACAACAACAAGACCUCGCAGAUGGAGAUGUUGUUACUGUCGUCAUGA